CUCUGAGCCAUGGCCUUACCUUGCUUGGAUCUCACAUGGCUUCUUCUCUCACUUGGUCACUGUUUCUGGCUUCUCUCCUCUUCCUUUUCACUCUCCCUUCACCCACAUUGUCUUCCGAUGUCGUCUCCAGUUCUGGGAAUACCAAUGCAGAAAGCUCUGUCCGUGAUCUAUGCCGGUCCACCCCAUACCCCGCCGCCUGCCUCGACUCCCUGAAGCUGUCCGUUUCCAUCACCAUCAACCCCUCCGUCCUCUCCCUGGCGCUCCGCACCCUCCAGGCCGCCAUCUCGGAGGCGGCCAAGCUCUCCUCGGUCCUCUCCUCCGCCGGCCGCCCCGGCGCCGUGGUCGAGUCCCAGCGCAGCUCCCUCCAGGACUGCCAGGAGCUGCACCAGAUCACCGUCGCCUCGCUCCGGCGCUCGGCCGGCCUCGUCAAGCCCGAGGCCCGCAAGCUCGCCGACGCCCGGGCCUACCUCGCCGCCGCGCUCACCAACCGGGCCACCUGCCUUGAGGGCCUCGCCGGCGCCCGGGGCCCGCUCAAGGCCACGCUUGUCGACUCCUGGCUCGCCGCCUACGCCCACGUCAGCAACUCCCUCUCCCUCGUCGCCCGCUCCGGGGGCCGCAAAGGGCGGCGGCUCUCCUCCGCCCGCCCCUUCCGCAGCCGCGGCGGCGGGGGGUUCCCGGCGUGGGUCGGCCGGAGGGAGCGCCGGCUGCUGCAGGACGGGGACUACGGGGACGUCGACCCCGGUUCCGUGGUCACGGUGGCCGCGGACGGAACGGGGAACUUCACGACAUUGGGGGAGGCGGUGGCCUGGGCGCCGAGCAACUCCGACGACCGCACCAUCAUCCUGGUGCGGGCGGGGGUGUACGAGGAGCACGUCGAUAUCCCCAGCGACAAGACCAACAUCGUCCUCAUCGGCGACGGCAGCGACGUCACCGUCAUCAGAGGCAACCGAAGCGUCGGCGACGGCUGGACCACCUUCCGAUCGGCCACCGUCGCGGUGUCCGGUGAAGGGUUCCUGGCACGAGACAUCACGUUUCAGAACGUCGCGGGGCCGAGGAAGGGCCAGGCAGUGGCGCUCCGGGUGAACGCCGACCUGGUGGCGCUGUACCGCUGCGUCAUGGACGGGUACCAGGACACGCUCUACGUCCACUCCUUCCGCCAGUUCUACCGGGAGUGCGACGUCUACGGGACCGUGGAUUUCAUCUUCGGCAACGCCGCGGUGGUGCUCCAGGCCGGCAAAAUCGUGGCCAAGAUGCCCAUCCCCGGGCAGUCCAACGUGAUCACAGCGCAGUCCAAGGACGACCCCAACGAGGAUACGGGCAUCUCGAUACAGAACUGCACCAUAGUGGCGUCGCCGGAGCUUGCUUCCAGCAACGUGAUAGUGAAGACCUUCUUAGGCAGGCCGUGGAAGAACUACUCGACGACGGUGUACAUGGAGUCGUACAUCGGCGGCCUGGUGGAUCCGGCGGGGUGGAAGGAGUGGUCCGGCGACCAAGGACUCGACACGUUGUAUUAUGGGGAGUACAUGAACAGCGGGCCGGGAUCGCCGACCGACAAUCGGGUCACCUGGCCGGGGUUCCUUGUUAUGGAUUACGACGACGCCUACAGCUUCACGGUCUCGGAGUUCAUCUACGGGGAUGAGUGGCUGGAGUCUACUUCAUUCCCUUACGACGAUGGCAUCUGAUUCUUUAGCGUAGUUGUGGUUUCUUCCUACUGUAAAUAACGUGAUUUGGGCCGACAAAGAAGAGAAAACGAAGGAAAUAGAAAGAAAUCAAGAUGGUGUUUGUAGAGAUGAACUAUGACUUAGGACAAUCGAUGGUGGAAGACUCUUAUCCUGUUAGAAAAAGAAUCAAUGUUGGCAAUAAAUGAUAUCAUGUCGGCCGUAUUACUUUC